CACUAGAUCUAGUGGGAAAAUAGCUAAAUUGGCAGCACUGGCUCUGGCUCUGCGCUUGCGUUAAAUGCUGUUUAAAUUAGCAUAUAGAUCAAUUUAGUAUUAAUCCAAGUAUAAUUACAUUGUGUUUUGUUGCUAUGUUGCAGUUGCAAUUGAUAAUGAUGAGAGAAGAUGUGAUGAGACUGCGCGAUAACAAAUUAUGAGUCGGAGUGACAACUUGUGGCAAGUUGAAAGUGAUAAAUAAAUAUUGCCAUGUCCAUGGCCAGCAAUGCAAAUGGCCAUGGCCUGGGUCCUGGCGGGGGUGGUGCUGGACAGAUCCAGAGUGCUGCAGUGGCUGCUGCCCCUCCCCCACCGCCCAAUCACAAUCACACGCAUGCCGUAUGCGUCUGGGAGUUUGAAUUGCGCGGCGGCAAAUGGCUACCCUAUUCACCCGCUGUCUCUCAGCACUUGGAGCGUGCGCAUGCCAAGAAACUCACCCGUGUUAUGCUAAGUGAUGCCGAUCCUAGAUUGGAGCAAUAUUAUGUGAAUGUACGUACCAUGACCCAAGAAUCGGAAGUGGAUCAAACGGAGACGAUAGGUGUAAGACGGAUGUUCUAUGCCCCGAGCUCGCCGGCGGGCAAGGGCACCAAAUGGGAGUGGUCAGGUGUUGGUGUAGGAGUCGUUGGUGGGAGUACGGAAUGCGAUUGGCGUUCAUAUAACAUGCACGUGCAAUGCAUCAUAGAGGAUGCUUGGGCCAGGGGCGAACAAACCUUGGAUCUCUGCCAUACUAACCUGGGUCUGCCCUAUACCAUUAACUUUUGUAAUCUCACACAAUUACGUCAACCGAGUGGUCCCAUUAGAAGCAUACGACGCACCCAACAAGCUCCGUAUCCGUUGGUUAAGCUCACACCUCAGCAAGCUGUACACAUGACCAGCAAUUAUAAUAGUUUACCCAAGCUGGGGGACAGUGGCAGCAAUAAAUCUACGCUUCAUCGUUUGCCAAUGCAUCGGCAACAGCAUCCAUUGCCAUUGAGUCAUCCUCCUCCCCAACACCAGCAGCAGCAGCAGCAGCAGCAACACCAACAACAGCAUCCCCAUCCCCAUCAGCACCAAAAGAAACCGCAAAAGAAGCAUAGCGAAAUAUCUACUACAAAUCUUCGUCAGAUACUCAACAAUUUGAAUAUAUUUGGUGGAAGUAGCAGUAAACAUUUAACCACUACCACAGCCAGUUCUGCCUCUUCCUCGUCAUCGGCUGCUUCGCAUCAUCAUCAUCAGCAUCAACAUCCACAUCAACAUCCCCAUGGCCAUGGCCAUGGUCAUCCUCUUCAUCAAAUGGGAAACUUCUCGCAUGCCAAAAACUCGAUGUUGACCUCAUCGAUGAAUAGCCAUCACAGCCGCUGCUCGGAGGGAUCAUUACAAUCACAAAGAAGCAGCCGUUUGGGCUCCACUCAUUCCCAUUCUCAUCGUUCGAGAUCACGAACGCGUGCCUCGGAUACGGAUACCAAUAGCAUGAAGUCGCAUCGUCGUCGUCCCAGUGUUGAUACCGUAUCCACUUACCUCAGCCACGAGAGCAAAGAAAGUCUACGUAGCCGAAAUUUCGCCAUCUCUGUGAAUGAUCUACUCGAUUGCUCUUUGGGUAGUGAUGAGGUUUUUGUGCCAUCGUUGCCGCCCUCAUCACUGGGCGAGCGUGCUCCAGUGCCACCGCCGUUGCCCCAUCAUCCACAUCAUCAUCAUCAGCAGCAGCAACAGCAGCAGCAGCAGCAGCAGCAACAACAACAGCAGCAGCAGCAACAACUACAACUCCAACAACAAUCAAUCGCUGGCUCGAUUGUGGGUGUGGAUCCCGCCAGCGAUAUGAUAUCGCGCUUUGUCAAAGUCGUUGAACCACCACUCUGGCCAAACGCCCAGCCAUGUCCCAUGUGCAUGGAGGAGCUGGUCCAUUCAGUACAAAAUCCUGCCAUCUCAUUGAGUCGCUGUCAGCAUUUGAUGCAUUUGCAAUGCCUCAAUGGAAUGAUAAUAGCCCAGCAAAAUGAAUUGAAUAAGAAUCUAUUCAUCGAGUGCCCCGUCUGUGGCAUUGUCUAUGGCGAAAAGGUGGGGAAUCAGCCAAUUGGCAGCAUGUCCUGGAGCAUAAUUAGCAAAAAUCUUCCCGGUCAUGAGGGACAGAAUACCAUACAAAUAGUUUAUGACAUUGCAUCUGGACUACAAACCGCCGAACAUCCUCAUCCGGGUCGUGCUUUCUUUGCUGUUGGCUUUCCACGCAUUUGUUAUUUACCUGAUUGCCCAUUGGGACGAAAAGUUUUGCGUUUUCUUAAAAUUGCCUUUGAUCGUCGUUUACUGUUCUCAAUUGGACGAUCAGUGACCACGGGACGCGAAGAUGUGGUAAUAUGGAAUAGUGUGGACCAUAAAACCCAAUUCAAUAUGUUUCCAGAUCCAACAUAUUUGCAACGCACCAUGCAACAGUUGGUCCACCUAGGAGUGACUGACUAAUCUGACGUCGUCAUUCCUAAUUUACAAUCUCUUCCAAUCUCUUCCAUUUCCAAUAAUGAAUUUAAGUGUUAUACCCUUGCAAAAGGUAUUUAUGAGCAUAAUAAGCAAUCAAAUGGAGAUAUAUAUAUAUUCUAUACUUAGGUUCCCUUUCCUUUUUUUCUUUGUAUUGUAAUUUUUUACUCACUCAAAAGUAUUCUUGAUAAGGACGUCAGGCUAAGGUGAUGCAGCCCUUUUCUAAUAGCCAUAUCUAAACAUAUAUAGGCAAACUAGUCUCUCAGUAUUAAAACAUCCAAAUCGGACGUUUAUAUCAUAUGGAUUUUCAAAAGGAUUGAAUGUUGUUAUCCAUUUCUGUAGUUUCUAAAUGGGCAAUAACUUUUCUUCUCUCAAAUAAAUCGACAGCAAUUUCUAUUCUACUGAAAUUUAAUAAUGGAAAGAAUUGUGGAUUAAUCUACUUUUUUUACAAUCAGUCCAAAACUAUAAAUUUUGGCGUACUUAUUGUUUCUUAAGUGCCAAAAAGAAAACUUAUUAGAUAUAUUUACGAGCCAUAUUCCUUAAAAUCUCUGAAAUUUGUAUAGUAUAUAUUUUGUUUUAGUGCUCAUUUUGCAAGGGUAUAUGAAAAACUUCGGCAUAGUCGAAAUUAUUCCCGGCCCUCUGGUUUUUACUUGAUUUUACUAUAAUA